AUGAUUAAUUAUUGUUUGAUAGUCCUUUUGUUUACUGUGAUAACUGCUGGUCAAGUCAUUUUUCCUGAUGGAAGUAGAGGAUUACCAGGUGAAGAUACACUAGUCCAAAGGCGACCUCCUCCUUCGACCCGGCGACCUGCAAUACCACAAGAGCCAUCAUUGCCUCGACCAUUAUCUUCGUGUCCAGUCAAUUUUCGAUGUUCACCUUUGAUUCAAUGUCAGACAAUAGAUUUACUAAACUCAGAUCCAACAGAAUGUAAUCUUGAGACGAACAAACAAUUGACGGGAAUUUGUUGUCCAAAGGAAAUCAAUUUAAUCGAUAAUACAACUCUUCCAAUCACUGCACAAUUUGAGAUUGCUGGACGACGAUUUGAAACUGGAUUUAGAUUACCAAAAUUUCCUUCAACUACAAUUGAAAAUGCGGCUUCUAAUGGACUUGACUGGAUGCUAAAGAAAAAUUUGAUUAUUAAACGCGGUUCAUCUGCAUCUUUUCAUCAGGAACUAUUGGGUCACUCCGAUGAAGCUCUUCAGCUUUCUCGUAAUGGUGAACUCAUUAACAGAGUCGGCAUUGAAUUGGCUAAAGGAUUGCGGCUAAAAGGGACUGAACAAAUAUUAGCUCUAAGGUCAAUAUCGUUGUUGAAUAGUCCAAUUAGAGACCGUUGUCCACCUGAAAGACCUUGUCCAUCUACAAAAUAUCGACAGCCUGAUGGUUCAUGCAACAACUUGAAUAGACCGACUCUGGGUAAGGCCUUGAGUCCUUUUGGACGUUUACUUCCUCCAGAUUACGCUGAUUCAAUAGAUGCUCCAAGAGCAAGUGAAAAUGGCGCACCUUUACCUUCAGCUCGUGUACUUAGUUUAUCACUAUUACCUCCAUCGUCUCAGUCAAGUUCUCGUUACAGUUUAAUGUUGAUGGUUUUUGGUCAGUUCAUAGACCACGAUUUAACUUUAACGGUAACAACCCGAUUAACCAGAUCAUCAGGAAUCCAAUGUUGUCCUUCGCAAGCUGAAAUUGAUCCAUCACUUCUUCACCCAGCUUGUAUUUCAGUCAUACUACCUCCAGAUGAUCCAUUUUAUUCACAGUUUAGGACUAAUUGUAUGGCUGUUGUUCGAUCUGCCGCAGCUCCAAGACCCGGUUGUCAAUCUGGUCCAAGAGAACAGUUGAAUCAACUAUCUUCUUUUAUCGAUGGUGGUAUGAUUUAUGGUAACUCUGAGGAUGAAGAAAGGGCCCUUCGAUCAGGUAUAUCUGGUUUCUUGGUAACAAGUUCAACGCCUGUUGGUUCCUUAUUACCUCGUGAUGUUAAUGCAUCUUGUCAAUCAGUGCGAAGAUCAGCAUCCUGCUUCAGAGGAGGAGAUGGCAGAUUGAAUGAACAUCCGCAAUUAACAGUUCUUCAUACAAUAUGGCUUCGUCAACAUAAUCUCAUUGCCUCUGAAUUACAUCAAUUAAAUCCAGGCUGGUCAGAUGAAAUAAUAUUCCAAGAAGCUAAAAGAAUCGUUGUUGCCCAAUUGCAGCACAUAAUUUAUUCGGAAUUUCUUCCUGUUAUUUUAGGUGCAAAGGUUAUGAAAGCCUUUGAUCUUAAUCCACGGAUCAAAGGCUCCACUCGAUAUGAUCCGAGUACGGAUCCAUCUAUUGUUUCUGGUUUUGCUACAGCUGCUUAUCGUCUCCAUACUUUGGUUCCUGGAUUGUUUGAAUUAAGGAAUGACAAUAAUCAAGUUGUUGAUCGCCAACGAUUAUCUAACCUAUUUUUCAAUCCAGAAAUUCUAUAUGACACUCAGGGGAUAUCUCUUAUGGUCAAUGGAUUGACAGGACAACCUUCUGGAAGAUCAGAUGAUCUUUUCACUCCUGAAUUAACCAAUAAUUUAUUUAAAACUCGAUCAUCUCCAUUUGGAAUGGAUUUAAUUUCAAUCAAUAUCCAGCGUGGUCGAGAUCAUGGAAUACCCGACUAUAAUCGAUGGAGGGAAGCUUGUGGACUUCGAAGAGCCUCUAACUUCAGACAAUUAGCUGAUACGAUACCUCCCGAGUUGAUUGAACAAUUAGCUUCACUUUAUCAAUCCGUUGAUGAUAUUGAUUUGUUUGUUGCUGGUAAUCUGGAAAUUAAAUUACCAGGAGCAGCUGUUGGCCCUGUAUUUGCUUGUAUAAUAGCAGAACAAUUUCGCCGAUUGAAAGAGGGUGAUAGAUUCUGGUAUGAACACGGCCAGUUAGAGUCUUCAUUUAGUAAAAAUCAAUUGAUGCAGAUACGUAAAACCACAUUGGCUCGUAUUUUGUGUGAUAAUGGCGAUAUAUCAAAAGUCCAACCUUUAACUAUGCUACUUCCUUCUCGAUGGAAUCCUAAAAUUGACUGCAGAGAUCCUACUCUAGGUAGAUUGGAUUUAACGCCUUGGAUAAACGAACCUGUUUGGUCUAAUCGAUAAAGCUAAUUUAUUACAGUCAAAGAGGUAACAGCAAUUUACCAAUUUGCUCUUGAUUAUACAUUCUAGUGUUUCUAAUUUAAACAUCUUUUGAGCGAAUUGUAUUGAACAAAAGAAAACUGGAUUUUAUCAAUUCAUUUCAAUAUCCAGACAUUGUUUAAUGGAUAUUCACAAAAACUUAUUAACGGAUCUUUUUAAUUAUGGUCUGUAAGUAUUUUUAUAGUUGAACCAUUAAAAUAUUAUUGAGUUCACAAUCCUUUUUAAAUACAUAAUGGUUGUUAUAAUGAAAUUAACACUUUAUUGUUAUUGAAAUAAGAUGAGAUAAACUUUUGAAAUCAGCUGCCAACCUGAACUGUAUUUAGAUUUUCACAUCACUGAAGAAAGGAUUUAUUCAUUACAGACUAACUCCUUCAAUUGUUGAAAAUGUACAAUAAAGAUUGUUUCAAAUUGAUA